ACCCUCUCUGCUCAGCUGAGAUAGACAGACAGAAUCGCAAACUACGGCAGCAAGCAAGCAUGGCCACACAAACCUUCACCCGUGAGCAAGUCUCCAAGAACAAUAAUGCCGAUUCACUUCACGUUAUCAUCGACUCCAAGGUUUAUGACCUGACUGACUUUACCGACGCCCACCCCGGAGGCGUACAUGCUCUCUUGCAAGUCGCGGGACAGGACGCAACAUCAGAGUUCUACUCCAUGCACCGACAUGAAAUCCUGACAAAGUACGCCAACCUGGUGAUCGGGACGAUUCAGGGUGAAUCACCGCAGGUUAUCGAGCCGAAGGCAGGAGACUUGUGCCCGAUACCUUACACCGAGCCUAUGUGGUUGAGUCCUGACUUCAAGAGCCCUUAUUAUGACGAGACUCAUCGGAGGCUGCAGAAGGAGGUUAGGGUUUUCGUCGACGAGUAUGUCCGGCCGGAGGCUUUGAGGAUUGAAGAGGCUGGAGAGAGGCCGAGUGCCGAGAUCAUCAAGCGGAUGGCCGAAAACGGUAUCAACGCCAUGCGCCUCGGUCCGGGCAGACAUCUGGAGGGGUACAACCUGAUUGGCGGAAUCGAGCCCAAGGAGUUCAACUACUUCCACGAACUCGUUCUCAACCAAGAACUCGUACGAACACACGGACGUGCGUGCAACGACGGCUUCCUCGGCGGUAUGGUAAUCGGUCUCCCCCCUGUCCUCAACUUCUGCCGCAACACCGCUCUCCGCGACCGCGUGAUGCGUGAGUGCUUCUCCGGCGAAAAGUCUAUCUGUCUCGCUGUGAGCGAGGCCUUUGCCGGCAGCGACGUCGCCUCCAUUCGCACCACCGCGGUAAAGAGCGCCGAUGGGACACACUACGUUGUAAAUGGGACCAAGAAGUGGAUUACGAACGGUAACUGGGCAGAUUACUUCACUACGGCGGUCAAGACAGAGAAGGGCUACAGCAUGCUCCUAAUCGAGCGCGGAGAAGGCGUGGAAACCGAGCAGAUCAAAACAUCGUACUCGUCCGCAGCCGGAACCGCAUUCAUCACCUUCGACAACGUCAACGUCCCAGUUGAAAACCUCCUAGGAAAGGAACACCAAGGUUUCCCGGUUAUCAUGUCAAACUUCAAUCACGAGCGCUGGGUGAUGGCCUGCGCAUCCAUCCGCGCCUCCCGCGUGGUUGUGGAGGAAUGCCUAAAGUGGGCGAACCAGCGUAAGGUGUUCGGACGACGCCUAGUAGACCAGCCCGUUAUCCGCGGGAAACUUGCGAAGAUGAUCUCCCUGGUGGAGUCCGGACAAUCCUGGCUCGAGGCAAUUACUUACCAGAUGUGCAACAUGACCUACCAGCAGCAGGCAAAGUCCCUCGCUGGGCCGAUCGCUCUCUUGAAAAACUUUAUCACCCGCGCCGCGCACGAGAUUGCGGACGAGUCGGUUCAGGUGUUUGGCGGGAGGGGUAUUACCAAGUCUGGAAUGGGAAGGGUCAUCGAGAAUUUCCACCGGACAUAUAAGUUUGAUGCAGUUCUCGGAGGGUCCGAAGAAAUUCUUGGUGACCUUGCCGUUCGACAGGCUCUCAAGAAUUUUCCAAAGUCGAUGUUGUAAUCUCCCCUACCCCCAUGCCCUUUCUUGACGUUUUGUAGGAUCUCGUCCUGGCUAGAAGCACUUGCAUGCCCUUUCUCGGGGUAGAUUUUGACUUGUUCGAAAUGUUUGUAGUAUGAUAGAAAAUACAUCUCUUCUUCGAGAUUAAAAG